CUACAACAAAAUUCAUUGAUGUAUAUAUUUUUUUAAUGUGUUAAAAUUCUGUAAAUAUUUUGCGUAAACAGUUAAAAACAAAAUAAGUAAAGCAGUACGUAGCUUGUAUUAAAAUCGCGCAUGGUGCUUAGAAGAUGACAAAACAGAAGAAUACUUUUAUUCGAGUGAAUUACAGCAGUCGCCAGUCAGUCAAAUAAUUGUCCAAUUUUUAUAGGCCUAAAAAAUGCAUUAUACAUAAUAGCUAUUAAAUGUAAACAAGCAAUAAAAGCUUUACGACAAAUCCAAAACAUCGUCUGUCACUUAUUAAAUUGAACGAAAGUGUAAAAAAGAUGCAGACAGACUCAGACAACAAAAGCAAUAACAAAGUGCUCCGACCAAAAUAAAUGCAUAUGCAUGUAUAUUGUGUAUAUGUAUAUGUGUGUUGUGGAUUGGAUUCUGAUUGGAUCGCUGGAAUAUAAUUAACUGAGGAAAUACUGAUAAUAUUUCUAAUUAUCAAGAUCUUUGCGAAACUUUAUCUCAACUCUGCUCUCGAAUAUGUCCGACGGCGUCAGCGUGCUGCACAUUAAACAGGAGGUGGAUACUUCAUCAGCUGGAGGAGGAGGAGGCGCCAGCAACUCGUGCUGCAGUCCCAGCUCCAAGGCAACAACAACAACAACAACAGCUGGCCACAACAACUCGAGUAACAACAACAGCAACAGCGGCAUGAAGUCAUCUCCAUCGGUGUCACCAGAGCGUCAACUCUGCAGCUCCACAACAUCCUUAUCCUGUGAUCUGCACAACGUAUCUUUGAGUAAUGAUGGCGACAGCAGCAAAGGAGGCGGAGGCGGGGGAGGAGGCAACAAUCACUCCAGCAGCGUUGCAGCGGGCAGCGGCUCUGUCCGUGAUGAGGUGCGUCGCUUGUGUCUGGUGUGCGGAGAUAUUGCCUCCGGGUUUCAUUAUGGCGUCGCCAGCUGUGAGGCGUGCAAGGCCUUCUUCAAGCGCACCAUUCAGGGCAACAUCGAGUACACGUGUCCGGCCAACAACGAGUGCGAGAUCAACAAGCGAAGGCGGAAGGCGUGUCAGGCCUGUCGCUUCCAGAAGUGCCUGCUCAUGGGAAUGCUCAAGGAGGGCGUGCGUCUGGAUCGUGUGCGUGGAGGACGACAGAAAUAUAGACGUAAUCCGGUGUCCAACUCGUACCAGACCAUGCAGCUGCUUUAUCAAUCCAGCACCACAUCGUUGUGUGAGAUAAAGAUACUGGACGUGCUCAACUCCUAUGAGCCGGAUACACUGAGCGUGUCACAGGCAUCACAGCAACAACAACAGCCGCAACAACCGCACACGACCAGCUGCAAUGAUGAAGCUUCCUCCUCGUCGGGCAGCGUUAAGCUGGAGAGCAGCAAUAAUGGCAGUACUCCAAAUGGCACAUGCAUUUUUCAAAACAAUAACAACAAUGAUCCACAUGAGAUUUUAAGCGUACUGAGCGAUCUCUAUGACAAGGAGCUGGUCAGCGUUAUUGGCUGGGCCAAGCAGAUACCCGGAUUUAUAGAGCUACCUUUAAAUGAUCAAAUGAAGCUACUCCAAGUCUCGUGGGCAGAGAUCUUGACGCUUCAAUUGACAUUUCGUUCGUUGCCUUUCAAUGGCAAAUUGUGUUUUGCCACCGAUGUGUGGAUGGAUGAGCUGCUGGCCAAGGAAUGCGGCUACACGGAGUUCUAUUAUCAUUGUGUGCAAAUCGCACAGCGGAUGGAGCGCAUCUCGCCACGUCGCGAGGAAUACUAUCUGCUGAAGGCAUUGCUGCUGUCCAAUUGUGAUAUACUCUUGGACGAUCAGAGUUCCUUGCGCGCCUUUCGCGACACCAUUCUCAAUUCGCUCAACGAUGUUGUCUACUUAUUGCGUCACUCCUCCGCCGUGUCCCAUCAGCAGCAGCUACUGCUCUUACUCCCCUCGCUGCGACAGGCGGAUGAUAUACUGCGGCGCUUUUGGCGCGGAGUUGCACGCGAUGAACUCAUCAAUAUGAAGAAAUUGUUUCUCGAGAUGCUCGAACCGCUGGCCAGGUGAAAGAGCAGCAAUAGAAUUUAGUUAUUAAGUCAAGGUGCAAAUCUACAUUUAAGUUGAACUAGUUACUAAAACUAUUCUGUAAGCAUAUUCAAAGGUGUAGCUCAUAGUGUGUACAUAGAUUGUGUGUGAAUUUCGGAAUUAUAUAUAAAUGAAAAAUUACUAAAACUAAAAA